UCACAUCCUAACAGGAGCAGAGAACAGGACACUACAGACGCUUUUUCAUUUCUCACGACAGGUACACGUCUGCCCUCAGCACAGAAUUUCAGCCAUCACUACAAUCAGUGUAUAAUGAAGACGCCAUUAUGGACUCUCCUGCUGAUGGGACUGUUUGUCCACGGACGCAGCGACUGUCAGAGAGACUGUCUCACCUGCAGCCAAAUCCUUCCCAAAGACCACGGCUUUGACACACUGGUCUGUAUGGUGGAAUGUCACGGCGCGGUUUAUCCGGGCCUCACGUGGGAGAGGUGUCAGACCGCCUUGGAGGAAGAGCCCCUGGCGUCCCUGUCCGUAGGGAACCCGAUGCCGAAAAGAGCCGAGGAGGAAGUGGAAACCGUCCUGCCGAUGGGUCAAUCUGACGGAGCUCUGACCUAUUCUGGAACCCUGCAAAGGUUCGACCACGUGGCAAGAGCUCUGGGUUUGGACGAACUCAACCAAGAGAACCAGAUCUCCCAGUUUAGCACGGCCGUCCAGCCUCAGUAUGAGCAGGAAGAACACGACGCUGCGGACUGGGAGAUAAAAAGCGACCAAGAAGGCGAACCAGUGAACCUCACCAAACGUUUCGGAGGGUUCCUGAAAAGCAAGUACGGCUACAGGAAGUUCAUGGACCCCGGCCGGUCUAUGCAGAAGAGAUACGGCGGAUUCAUAGGCGUCCGCAAGUCGUCCCGCAAGUGGAACAACCAGAAACGCUUCAGCGAGUUCCUAAAGCAGUACUUGGGCAUGACCACUCGCGCUAGCAAGUUCAACAGCGUGUCCACUGACAUCACCCGGCAGAACAAGGUGUGAGCGUCGCCGUGAGCGCUACGCUACAUUUCCACACUACACUUCCCCAGCAAAGCCUUCAUCUGUUAAUACACUUAAUUCACCUUCAUCAAAAAAAAAAAAAAAAAAAAAGACCUCUACAAAAUGGUAGCAAAUGUAAGAGUCCUUGUUUAGCCAAGAACGUUUUAUCAGGAAAUGUUAUUUCAUCAGUUAUCAGAAACGUGACUGUCGGAUGAUACUGGUACCAUGCUUCAGUGCAAAUAAAAAAUGCCAUUAAUAGUGGGAUCUGACAUUAACCUUAAUAAAGACUUUAAUCCCAUGAAAGAAAGCAAAAGUAAUGUUGGGGGUGUCUUAUCUUGGAAUUUGCUUUGCUAACUAUAUCUAUAUACGGUAUCUAGUGCCCUAGAUAUCCUACGUUCACAACUAGCAAGUCUCUUACAUUGCAUGUAAUUUGUCUCUUGUGGGCGUGGCCUGUCCGGUAAUUGUUUUUUUGUUGUUGUUGUUUUUUUUUUUUCUCAGAUGAGAAACGCUAUUCGCUAUAGACCGUUUCUAAAGUGAACUAGAUGAACGCAAAAUAAAUAACGCACUAAUCGGUGUGAAAAUCGAACCUCUUAGGCUACGUGCUAGCUUCUUUGUCAGAUUAGCAAAGCAAGCUAACUGUACUAGCUACGUACACUCGACGGAGGCGCAGACGGUCUCCGCUACUUCCUUCCCUGCUUUAUUUUUCUUUGUGAUAGGUUUUUCUUCGUAACGCGUGAUGAUCACGAGAGUUCACGUAUAGUUAAGGAUAAGAUGAAAGCGCGUAAUUUGUGCGCAAGGGGGAACAAAUCACAGGCAGGAAGUAAAGUUGUGAGCGCGGAACUGAAGGAACGUCGGAUCGCGCACGUCCGAGGAAUCGUCCGAGCCGAUCGUCGUGUCUCGUUUUGAAGCGAACCGAGAAGAUUUCAAGGCAAAUGGCGGCUGAAACGGCGGCUCGGUGUCGUGGGCGUAGCUAGGAAAUAAUUCCCCUUCAGGUUUAUCGCUCGCUCGUGUGAAUAUUCGGCGUACUCUCGAAAUCCCACGAUGCACUGCGAUAGGUUAGUGUGCAAAGAUACCCAAGGAGAUGCAGGACACCAAUAAUGCAUGCUGUAGUUUGUCGGGAACAGGACGUGCUUCGGAUACAAGGUGUACUCACUAAAGCUGGGAUCCCUGUACAAUCACGACUGUUUUUUUUUUUUUUAAUAUUCAUGAAUGAUUUAAAAAUAUAUAUCAUAAUUAAUAAUAAUAAUAACGUAAAUAAAUGCUACAUCGUCUAGCACUUCCUAUGAAGGUCAUAUUUCAUACAGUAUUUAUAGCACAUUCAUACUGUACAUCAUUAUACACAUCGUCAUAAUAUAAGUACUGAUGAAAAUACAUCAUGCUUUAUAGCCGUCCUCGUUACGCAUUAUGAAUCGUCGGCAUAAUGUCAGUAGUAGUUUAUAACACAUUAUAAUCCCUUUAAAUGAAUUAUACCAAAGAGUUUUUUUUUUUUUUUUAAAUCUAAAUUAAUGCUUAAAAUUGAUAUAGAGCUGCAGCGUAGAAAUUUCAGAGAAAUAAGACUCUUGUUGAUGUAAUAAAGAUUUUUGUUUACAUUAUAUCUCACAGAUAUAUACAUUAUAGCUUAUUAUACUUAGGCUAUAACAUCACAUGGCUGUCCAUGUAUAUCAAUCAAAUCAUCAUUGACUAAACAAACUAAAGCUGAAUUUCUUUGGCACACAUGGUGAUAUAAUGUGUUAUAAUCACUCCUUAUGAUGCAUUUUUAAUACAUUAUAAACACUGCUAUUAUAAACGUAUGCCUUUCCAUUAUAAAACACUGAUUAAAACAGUGUGUAUAACGCCCUGUGAUGCGUGUCAUGAAGUGUAACGUGUUACGAACGUAUUCAUAGGUCAGUCAUACUGUAUACGCGUACGUAUGGCCUUCGUGGAAAGCGUUAGCCGUCGUUCGGCGUUUCGUUUUUGCUGAAUGAUGGAAUAACAGGAGUUCUUGGUGGGACUGUAGUUUGUUAAGACGUCUAGGAGAAGCAAAAUUCUAGAAAUUUCCGCGAGGAGAGUAAGAUCUUUAUAUGCCGAUACACUCUUAGAACAGAAACGGUUCUUCGACGGUUCCUAGAUGAGUUCUACGUGGAGGAGGGACAAGCUGGAGAACCCUUAAGCGUUCUAGAUACGAACCACACUGACACCUAGAGGUCAUUAAGGCACGGCGAUCCGUCCUCCCUGCCAAUCACGAACACCGCUGUGUAAUCGGAUUCUUCAGUUUCACUGAUAAUACGGCGCCGAAAGUCCUCCGCAUCUGGUUUUUAUUUCCUUACCUCGGAAAAAAAGAAAAUCAUCAAAUACUUGUAAUUAUAUAUAAU